CUCGAUCACCACCACAGAGUCCGUCGUGCGCAGUCAAGAAAUCAAAUUUACAAGUGCUCUUUCAGAUAUUACAGUUUUUUCGGGGCUUAAUCACGGAGGCUCCUAAUCUUUUACUCCCUACGAACGAAUAUAACCGCUUGGCAGGCCGCAGAACAUCUACUGCAAUGUCGUCUCUCAACAACGAGGAAUGGGAUUUGCUCAUCUCAGGAAAGAAAGCUACACUUCAAUAUCCUAUUCCACUAUUAUGCUACCCUGCCCCUGAGGUUGUUUCAAUUGCUCAGAUAAUUGAUCACACCCAGCUCUCGCUCUCCGCCACCGGGUCUCAAAUUGACGUCUUGUGCGCUGAAGCGAAAGAAUAUGGUUUUGCAACCGUAUGUGUCAGGCCGGACUAUGUCUCUCGGGCAGUUCAGUAUCUUCAAGGAACCCAAGUUGGAGUGACAUGUGUGAUUGGAUUCCAUGAAGGGACGUAUUCAACCGACCAGAAAGUGAGCGAGGCGAAACGUGCCAUGCAGAAUGGAGCCAGCGAAUUGGAUAUGGUGAUGAACUACCCUUGGCUCAGCGAAAAACGCUAUACCGACGUAUUCCAGGAUAUUCGCGCGGUGAGACUUGCUGCAAAGGAUGCGAUUUUGAAGGUCAUUCUCGAGACAUCCCAGUUGACCGCAGAUGAGAUUAUCGCCGGGUGCGUACUCUCGAGUCUCGCAGGUGCAGACUAUGUGAAGACCAGUACGGGUUUUAACGGUCCUGGUGCGAGUAUUGAAAAUGUUUCGUUGAUGAGUGCUGUCUGUGACAGCUUACAAUCGGAGACCAGGGUGAAAGCCAGUGGCGGCAUAAGGACAAUCGAAGAUUGCGUGAAGAUGGUUAGGGCAGGAGCAGAGAGACUAGGCGCAAGCGCUGGUGUGAAGAUCGUGAAUGAAACUCGGCUGGGAAACCGUCAAGUGGAUGAACCCAUGGAGCCAACAAACUACUGAACGCCCGUCCGAUAUCUCCGACUUAAGAAAGAAUGGCCAAUACAUCGACCAAUUCGAUUACGGGCGUUGCUUCUGAAUAUUACAUAGCUGCCGUAUGUAAUAGCCUACUUAAUAACACGCUGACGAUGUCCUUGACGGUUCCCCCUAGGAGUGUUGUCCCCCGCUUGGUUAGAUGCUAUACAAAUUAGGGCUUGGGUUAUCACGUGAUAAAUUUAGAUCGACAUUGUCCCCCUUCGUGGUCUAGAAUCAUAGCUCAAGAACUUGCAAUUCACUCUAAUUUCAAUCUCUGCAAA